AUGCUUAGCAAAUUAUCCUACAAAUGACCUAUUUAACAACGUUGUCGGUCUCGAGAUUAAGAGGUUAAAAUAGAUUAUGCUGAACGAUAAAGGGAUUCCGUCAUUCUCGUAAAAUUGAUAAGGGCUAAUGUGCGUUCAGAGGCAUUUCUGUAGCCAAACUAUCUAUUGUAUCUAUAACAAAAUUUGACAAAAUCAAAAUCAUCAAUGUAUUUAAUCAGUGAGGUAGGGUAGGCUAUACUGAAAUGUUUCAAUUGGCGUUUCACAUUCAAUGCAUCGAACUAAUUCCAAAUUCACUCCAAUUAAGCUAUGUGAGCGAUAGGGUCAUCUACUUUAUAAUGUCUACAUUGAAAUACGCGAGAAAUUUCACAGUGACAUCCUUGCAUCUAGACAAUUGCAAUUUGAUUUGAUAGUCCGAAUAUAACAAAUAUGUCAGAUAAAAGUCUUAAUUACAAAUCUUAUUCAAGCAAUGCAUUAACGCCAGAUUGUAGCCUAACAUGAAUAGACUCUUCUGGUUAUACUAACACUGCAGACAGAAAUAUGAAAACAAAACUAUUUCAACACAAUAAUAAUAGACUGCUAUUAUUGCUCUAAAAUUCUAAACAAUUCCAAAACAUUAGACUUUUUCUAUGAUUAAUAACUCGUAUUCAUUUGUAAUGGUCUCCAUAAACAUGUUCUUCUUAUCUCCAUCUUUCCAAGGAAUUGUUUCUCAAUUCAGAGAUGCAUUGCACUCACAGUGCCACAGCGCCUCUUCCUGGCUGCCACAAUGCAACCUGUCAAACUUUCCUGGACACCAACAAGGGGUUCAAGCUUUUGUUCUAGACUAGCACUAAGACACUUGAUCACAUACUUAAUCAACUAAUCAUCAAGCUCGUGAUUAGUUGAAUGAAUCAUACAUUUGGUGCCAUUUGAAAGCACCAAAGUUCUGAUUCAUUCAACUAAUCAUUCUCAUCGUAUUCAUGAUGUUGGUAUGGCAGGCUAUGGCAAUACUAGGAAGAUUAUUGACUUUUAAAUUCCUUAUAAUCAUUUGUAAUCUGUUUGUAUUAUGAACAGUAAAUGUGAUGUAAUGUAUUGUAUGUUAAUCCUUUCUUUUUGAUCCCAAACAACUAGUGCAAUAUAACCAACAACAUCCAAACAAAGAAAAUAAAUAUAUAUAGCUUAUUAAAUGUGGAAGAAAUAUAUUAUAUAUUUUUUAAACAAAAAUACAAAAAGAAGCAACCAAAAAAGAAAUGAUAAAAACAAAUGUCUGUAACUCAUGAAAGAGAAAAUAAACAGAGAUAUAUAUAGUUUUUAAAGCUUAUCUUGUUUAAAAAAAAAACACAAUACUGGGCUACAGUACCUGACAAACGGACGUGCAAUACCAUUCAUAACGACAAGGUGGCGGAAUGUCCCUCGAUAUCCCUGGACCUAGUUGGUUAAAACAGGUCAAGAACAGUGCAUUAACUGCAUUUCAGUACAGAUGCUGAAUAUCUCAUUAUUGCGCCACGGACCUUGUACAAGCUUUAUGUUGAAUCUGAUGCUGAUUCAAAUGUCUACGAUUAAUCAGAUUUACUGUCAAACACUUGUCUACAUGUUUUUUCUGUGAAUGACAAUCAAAAUCCGGCACUUUAUUGGAUUAAAUGGGACUCGUAGGCUACCUUGCUUUCUAUGGCACCCUUCAAAAAAAUGGUGGCUGUUGGUUUCAAUGUGAUUGGAUUAUUACAGUUCUUGUCCCCAUAGAGUCAUCAAGCCACCGUUAUUAAAGUAGCCAACCUACACAAUUACGCUAUCCAGUCUGAAAACGUCGUCGAGGUUCGUUUUGUCUCCAUUGCGUUUGCAGGGUUUCAUACUUAAAUUGAAUCUAUCACACAAUUGACUUCAAUGUCUGAAGUUUUACUAUUUAGAUAUUGUUUUCCUGUCAUGGCAUUUUCUUGUAUUUGGUGGCAAGGUACAUAGUCCUGUUUCGCUGUGGCAAGGUACAUAGUCCUGUUUCGCUAAGGCAAGGUACAUAGUCCUGUUUCGCUGAGGCAAGGUACAUAGUCCUGUUUCGCUGUGGCAAGGUACAUAGUCCUGUUUCGCUGUGGCAAGGUACAUAGUCCUGUUUCGCUGAGGCAAGGUACAUAGUCCUGUUUCGCUGUGGCAAGGUACAUAGUCCUGUUUCGCUGUGGCAAGCGCCAAAGCGUGGCGCCAUGAAUUUCAUUUCAACGGAAAGUUGUUCUACCCGUGCGCGGUGGGCGGUGGUAUUCAGCGAAUGGGAGAGGCGACUGAAUACCUGUCAUUUUCUAAACUCGAAAGCGAUUGCGGGAGAACCACUUCACAUUUUCCAACAACUACAUUGAGCCAUCAUCAAGGUGGCUUUUGAAGAGAGCAGAAACCACCUGUCAGCCAAAGAUGUUCAAACCCAAACUCACCGCUGUUGCAGCCCUGCCGUUGCAUCCAAUGAUUGGCAAUAUGAAUUGUCUAGUUAGUUCUUCACUGGAAUGUGUACAAGGACAUUUUUGGUAAUACGACAAGAGCGCAGAUAUGUCGGUGCCUUUACUGAAGAUUGGAGUGGUGUUGAGCACGAUGGCUAUGAUUACUAACUGGAUGUCGCAGACGUUACCGUCCUUGGUGGGACUUAACAUCAACAAGCUCUCGGUAUUAUCAGGAGGGACAGCGGACCGGAGCACCGGCGUGCUCCCAGCCAACCCUGAGGAGUCAUGGCAGGUUUACAGCUCAGCCCAGGACACGGAGGGCCGCUGUGUCUGCACUGUGGUGGCGCCUCAACAGUCCAUGUGCUCGCGGGACGCCAGGACCAAACAGCUCCGACAGCUGCUAGAAAAAGUCCAGAACAUGACCCAGUCUAUCCAGGUGCUAGACCAGCGGACCCAGAGAGACCUGCAGUACGUGGAGAGGAUGGAGGUUCAGCUGAAAGGUCUGGAGACCAAGUUUAAACAGGUGGAGGAGAACCACAAGCAGAACAUUGCCAGGCAAUACAAGGCAAUAAAAGCGAAAAUGGAGGAACUUAGGCCAUUGAUACCAGUGUUGGAGGAGUACAAAGCCGAUGCAAAAUUGGUAUUGCGGUUUAAAGAGGAGCUCCAGAAUCUGACGUCUGUGCUAAACGAACUCCAGGAGGAGAUCGGCGCCUAUGACUACGAGGAGCUACAAAACAGAGUGUCAAAUCUUGAAGAGAGGCUUCGUGCAUGCAUGCAAAAAUUAGCAUGUGGGAAGCUGACUGGGAUCAGUGAUCCAAUUACCAUUAAGACGUCUGGAUCAAGGUUUGGAUCCUGGAUGACUGACCCCCUGGCUCCUGAAGAUGACACUAGGGUGUGGUACAUGGAUGGCUACCACAACAACCGAUUUGUGCGGGAGUACAAGUCCAUCUCAGACUUCAUGAAUUCCGACAACUUUACAUCUCACCGCCUCCCCCACCCGUGGUCAGGCACUGGCCAGGUGGUCUACAACGGCUCCAUCUACUUCAACAAGUUCCAGAGCCACACCAUCAUCAAGUUUGACUUCAAGACCUCCGUCAUCAGCAAGUCACGCCAGCUGGACUACGCCGGCUACAACAACAUGUACCACUACUCCUGGGGCGGCCACUCAGACAUCGACCUCAUGGUAGAUGAGGGCGGGCUCUGGGCCGUUUACGCCACCAAUCAGAACGCAGGGAACAUUGUCAUCAGUAAACUGAACCCCAACACCCUGCAGAUCAUCAAGAGCUGGACUACCAACCACCCCAAGAGGAGCGCAGGAGAGGCCUUCAUGAUAUGUAGCACGCUGUAUGUCACCAAUGGCUACUCCGGUGGGACCAAGGUCUAUUAUGCCUUCAGCACCAACUCGUCCACCUACGAGUACAUUGACAUACCGUUCCAGAAUAAGUACUCUCACAUCUCCAUGCUGGACUAUAACCCUAAAGACAGAGCACUGUACGCAUGGAAUAACGGUCACCAGGUGCUUUACAAUGUCACCUUGUUCCACGUCAUUCGGUCAGAGCAGGAGCAGUAGAUAGUUAGCCAUGCUGUUACCUUCUCAGUCACCAAUAUACCUGGGUUCAAAUACUAUUGGAUAACUUUCAAAUACUUUUAACAUUUGCAGCAGCCUGCCUGGAGUGCCAGAUGGGCAGGGUUUGCAGUUUUGCAACAAUUGUAUUAAUUCCAUUAUACCAGGCAAGCCUAAUCAAGCCCGGCUAAAUCAAGCAAAUUUGAACCCAGGUCUGGUCCACGGAUGCUUCAAAGUAAAGGAGAUACUAUAUGUAACUGUGGAAGGAUAGAAGUAUCCUAUAUUUUAAUCAAUAACAAGAAAUGCAGUACCUAAUGAUAUAUAAUGUAUAGAAACAAAGAGUAGAACAGGAACCGAAAAGGUCAUGCCUUUCUUGUUUUGGAUUACUUCAAAUGUCUUAUAAUGAUUGUGUUUUUAUGGAAUUACUCACUCUUGACUUGUUUUUUAUUUGAUCACAGAUAGUGCAGCCUAUUGUAUCAUAGUUUUGAAUUGAAUUACAUUUGGAAUCGAAGAGAGAUUAUAUCCUGGGCCUUGUUUAUCAACCUGUAUAAAGCCAAACUGUAGGACACAAACACACAAUCAUGACCAUUUUCCCCAGGUGAGUGAUCCUCAUUAAUUAAUUAAUUAAUUAUAUUUACAUGAUCAGAUGGUAAAGUUGGUCAAAUGUAGCAGCAAUUUUCCAUAUAACUCGAUUCCUGCUUAUGUAAAGGUGGAGACUAGUGAUCGUCCGAACACAGAGUCAUGUGCAGAAUAGAAUGCCAAUUCUAUCCCCAUGUGUUGGAAAAUGUGUAAUGGCACCUCAAAACAUGUACUCAGUCUUUCCUGCGCAAUACAACCUCUCAGGAACCAAUAUAACACAACCUGUCGUUUGCAUGGAGUCAUCUACACGGACAUUAUAGGAUCUGAUUAUGAUUGAUAAAGGAGGCCCAAUGGAGCACAGUUUCAAGAAUCCAGUCAAACCACGAGUCAAUGACAAAAUCCUGUAUAUCUGGGAACACCGACUACAGACUGUUGGGAGCACCCUGUUUAAUUUCUGUGUCUUUGUGAUGGUACAACUUAUUUUAUCUUUUUCUAUCUUAUUUUUGCAUGGGCAUUUUUACCGACCAAAAUGGUUUUCUUCUCCGGAUGUAUUUUGCAAUAUUUGAUGCUGUAGUGCAGGAGACUAGUUUAGCACUGUUAGGAGACAGGCUUUUUACUGUCUUAUUGUCAUUGGGGUUGAUAUAUGUUCUUAUUGUUGGAAUUGAUAUUUACUGUGAUAGCCUGUCUUUGUAGAUUGGAUUGUAUUGACAUAAUUUGUCUAGCUCAUAUAGUUCUGUCUGGUAAAAAAAAUAACUAGAACUAUCACAAGAGAAUGUACCAAACAAUGUAUCUAUGAGCCAGUGACAUACACCGGCUGUUUUAUUCCAUUUGACUUCACAAGUCUACUGUCUGUUUCUUAGAGAGAUCAAUUGUGACAUGUUAUUCUGUUGAGCUUGCAUAUGUGUCGUAUCUGCAAUAAAAUUCAUAUAAAUGAACAA